UACGCGCAUGCGCAUUCGUGUGGCGGACGACAACAUCCCUACUGUCGAGUUGAAAUGUUUGUCCGCUUGUCAUAAUGCGGCCUUUGUGGCUUAUGAAGAUGUAAUGCAUUAGAUAUAUUCUUUCUUGUCGCACGAGUUCGGCGAUGUGCUAUGAAGCUAACACGGAAACUGGUACUCGCCAAGGCGAAGGCCUCCGACUUGGAAAGCGUGAAGAAACUGAACUGCUGGGGAUGCAAACUAACGGACAUGUCCAUCCUCUCUCAGAUGCCCAACAUUAAAGUGCUGACACUGAGUGUGAACAGCAUCUCGUCUCUCGCUCCUCUGGCCGGCUGUCCGUCUCUGUGUGAGCUCUACCUCAGGAGGAACAUGAUUCCUUCUCUCUCUGAGCUUUCUCACCUGCGCCUGUUGACCCGUCUCAGAGUGCUCUGGUUGGCUGAGAACCCGUGCUGUGGAACCGAGUCCAGCCGGUAUCGCCUGACGGUGCUGCGCUGCCUGCCUCGUCUCCAGAGGCUGGACAACCAGGUAGUGACAGAGGAGGAGAUUGCACUCGCUAUGAUGGAGGGUGAUGUGGUCACCACCCCUCCUCACAGUGUCCGAAACCAGCUUUCCACAAACGGACUUCCAGAGGCAGAGACGGAGAAUGACCCACUCAACUACAACAUGGAGGAGACCAAUAAAAUCAGGGAAGAGUUGGGGAUGAAGCUCCUGUCCAGAGACAAGUUCCCCUCCCUUUCCUCUCCGUCAAGCAGAGAAACCAAAUUGUCUAUGAGAAAGACGCACACUCUGGAUGCAGUUCUGCUGCUGCUGAACGAUUUGGAUGAAGAGGAUCUUCGCAUUGUGCACACAGCUACACAGAACCGACUCCAGACGUACACACUGGACCCAGACACACUGAAAGAUUCACUACAGACACAGAAGACUGCUGACAUCCAACACUGAAACAAAAACAUCGCCCUAACACCCCCCCACACACAUGCACACUCCUGUUACCUCCUGAGUCCAACUAGCAUGUCUUAAUUUAAUUUCAUUCAUAAUCCAGUUUUCACAUGUUGAAGAGAACUGAGUCCUUUCCUUGGCUGUCUUUUUUUUUUUUUUAGAGCAGCAUGCCUACCUACCUGCCUUGUAAGAACAAAAGAAUGUAUGUUUUGCGAAAGGUAAAUCUAUUUCUGUAAUUAGACAGAAUAAAUUGCAAUACAUUGA